AUGGCCAUUUUGAACUGGGUUCGUCGAUUCUGGGGCCAGCAGGCCACUAGGAGCGACGAAGGCAUCUACCAGAAGGAUGUUCUUCCUAAGGUCAUUGAGCCUACCAUUAUUUCAUGCCCUGGAACUCCGUUUCCAGAGACUCCGAAUACUGCUGUUGCUUCCCCUGCUGGCAGUGAACAGACUCUAGUAUUGGAGAAACUCCCAGAGGAAUUCGGCCGGCUGGGAUCUUGGAGAGGCACCUUGAUCUUGCUGGUAACUUCAGGCUCCCAAUUUCUUGAUAAUGUCUUCAUGACAAGUUCUAACAUGGCACUGGCAUCAAUUCAAGAGGAGUUCGGAAUUUCCAGCACUGACCUGCAGUGGAUGAUCUCCGCGUAUACCUUGACAUUUGGUGGUUUCCUGCUUCUCGCUGGAGCCUUGUCCGAUCGAUAUGGACGAAAGAAAAUAUUGUGCUUGGGUCUUGCCUGGCUAUCCGUGUGGACAUUGGCUAUUGGAUUCGGCCAGUCAUUCAUUCAACUUACAGUUUUCCGUGGCAUCCAAGGGAUUGGAGCCGCAAUGACCGUCCCAUCAGCUAUUGGAAUUAUUAGUUCCUAUUUUACAGGCAUUGAUCGUACUCGAGCAUUGUCUAUUUAUGCUGCUUCAGGAACCCUGGGUUUCUGCGCGGGGCUUAUUUUCGGUGGAUUCUUGACCUCCUCACUUGGGUGGAGAUACAUCUUCUACUUCAUUGUCAUUAUCACUGGAUGCCUUGACAUUCUGGGUGUUAUUGUCCUACCGCGCGAUAGGGUGGACAUCAAAGCGAGACCCAAGAUGGACUACUUUGGCGCAGUAUUGUCAACCGUCGGCCUUAUCUUGCUUCAGUUUGUCUUGUCCAGCGGUGGUACCUACGGCUGGGAUACGCCAUUUGUCAUUGUGUUGUUGAUCUUGGCCGUUGGGCUUUUGGUCGGGUUCACUUUGUUAGAAAAAUACAUCAGUAACCCGCUGAUGCCUUUGUCGCUGUGGAAAAUUCGCAACUUCGCUGGUCUGUGGGUUGCAGGAUUCACUGGCUACGGAAGCUAUCAAAAUGUCAUUUACUAUAUCGUCUUGAUUGCACAGCAAGUUGACAAUCUUUCGGCCGGCGACACGGCACUUCGAUUCCUACCAAUGGGAGUGAUUGGUUUUAUUGUGUCUCUAGGAACUGGAAAACUCCUCGAGUACAUGAAUGGAAAAUACCUACUCCUCGCUGGACUAGUGCUCACUCUUCUGGCUCCAGUCCCGAGUGCCUUGACAGUGACGUCUACCUCUGACUUUUGGGUAAAUGUUCUUGCAACAUCCUUGAUCAGUAUAUCUGCUGUGUCUUUGAUAUUUGUGACAACUAGCACUACAAUUUUGACGACUGUUCCGGUCAAUGUCAAGAGUUUAUGCGGUGGAAUGCUUAACACUGCGUUUCAAAUCGGGUCUGGUGUGGCCCUGGCCAUCUCAGCUGCAACGACUGAGGCAGUCGAUAUCCAAAAAGGACAUGGUAUUGCUCAGCAAUACUCAACCGGACUCUGGUGCUCUGCUGGACUUGCUGGUCUCGGUCUGAUUAUCGGAAUUAUUGCCGUCCGAAGAAGAGGAAUCGGGCCAAAAGAUCGAGUUGGAGAACCGGUGGCUCUGUGA